AUGGUAUUUAAAUACUCUUCAUUGUUAAAAGAUAUUGAUUUAAAUGAUGUUGUUACUCUUGUCAAUAUCUAUGGCAAGACUCCAUUAAAAACAGUGGCCUUGGUUUUAAAUACGACAACUUGUCUAAAAUAUGAAGAUGUAGUUUUUCCUUUUGGUAAUAAAAACAAAGAGGAAUUGACAAAUGAUGAAAUCGCUGUUCAAUGGCAGUGUAGAAAUCUAUUAUGUGAAGUUCUAGAGGAGAGAUCUUUCAGACAACUUUUUAAACAAAAUGAUCUAGAUUGUGAAUUGUUAUCUCAUGACAUCUCAUCAAUUGAUUUAAUAUGGUUAAAAAUAAAUUUGGCACUUGUGGAGAAAUCAGAUUUUCCAAAUGAACUCUAUGAUCGAUUGAAAAAUCCAAAUCAAAUAAACAGAUAUCCUGGUAUGCCACAGGCAUUAAAUUCAAAACAUUUGCUUGCAAAGAAUAUCAAGGAAAUGGCUGAGAGAUUUGGAGAAGAAGAGUUCUCAUUCCAUCCAAUUACAUUCACUCUGCCAGAGGAUUAUUAUUCACUUCAACAAUUCGCAGAGCAGAAUCCUAAAGUCAAUUUCAUCUCCAAACCAAAAUUUGGUGGAAGAGGUAUAGGUAUCCAUUUAUAUUCAAAUGUAAAUCAAAUUGAAAAUGAUCCAAAUUAUGUUAUUCAAAAGUAUAUUCCAAAUCCAUUUUUAAUUGACGGAAAGAAAUUUACCCUUAGAUUAUAUGUUUUGGUAACUUCAUUGGAUCCCUUGAUUAUUUAUAUUCAUAAUCAUGGUUCAUUAAAGUUUGCAACUAUAGAUUUUACCAAUGAUAAGUCUACUUUUAAUGAUUUAAAUAUGUCAAUGCAUAUAACCAAUCAAGCUCUAAACACUGAUCUUUCCUCAUAUACAUUCAGUACAGAUGUCAAUGUCGAUGAUGUUGGAAGUAAAUGGAGUCUUAAAGCAUUUUGGAGAUAUUUAGAUAAUAACAACUUGUAUCCAUCUACUUUAUUGUGGAAGAAUAUUAAAGAUGUCGUUGUAAAAACGAUAUUCAGUGCUGAACCUUCAGUUCUAGAAAAGACAAAAGAAUUAAUGAAAUCUGACUCGGUUGGAUUCCAACUGAUGGGAUUAGAUAUCGAUUUAUUAGAUAAUUUCCAACCUAUUUUCAUUGAAGCAAAUAUGAAUGCUCAAUUAGGUUUCGCCAAAAGCCCAUUCGAUAACUUUAACAAAUUGGAGUUUAUUAGAGAGACAUUUGAUAUGAUUGGGCACACCAUUUACAAUUCAACAACAAUUAAAGAGGACAUCAAAUCUAAACUAUUAGAACAAAAAUCUGAAUUGUUUGUUGAUCAAUCAAUGAAUAACUAUCAUAUUGAUGAACAAUCACUCGAUAAACUUGUACAAUUUGAAUUUGAGAUAUAUUACUCAAAUCAACUGUUUAGAAUAUUAAACAAUUGUGAUGAAGCUGUAAAGAAGUUGGUCAUAGUUGGAUUGCAAAAGAAUGAAGACGAUUCUGACAAUACAUGCAUAUUGGCAAUGUACCCAUUGGACUAUGACACACUCCUUAACAAUCCAACACUAUUGAAUAUAGUUAUUCCAGGUUGUGGAAGUUCAUUAUAUCUAGUAGGAACACUAUUCAUCACUGACUCUGAUAAUGAGAAUGAAAAAUGGAAUGAUAGAGAUAGUCAGCUUUCAAAACUCAUUAAAUCAACAACAACAACAACAACAACAACACCAACGACAACAACAUCGAUAAACAGCAAUCAAUUCAUUCAUUUGAAUAUCGAUAACAAUAAAAAGUCGAUUGUAGUAGUAGAUAGUGGUGACAACAAUAAUGUUAAACUUGAGAGUAAAUCAGUCGGUUGGCUAGCUGAACAAAUCAAGUCUUCCUACACUUUGGCGAGAGUGACAGAUCAGGUGAGUUGCGAGAAUGUCAAUUCCAUCGAUGAAUCCAACAUCAGUUUGCUGAACAAGCCAAGCAGAUCGAUACUCUCCAAUAAUCAGAGCAAGUCAGCAGCAGAACAAUGGGAUAAGCUGCUAAACCAAUCAUCUUUAUCCAACAACAAGAGUAGUAAUAAUAGUUCAACAACUGUCGAUUUCCAACUUCUCAUUAAACAAAGUAGCAACAAUAACAAAGAUAUAACAGAACUGUUUGCACCAACACUAAGGAUAAGCAAUACUUCAAGUUCACUACCACUAACAUUGGCAACACACACCAUCGAUAUCAACACACUGACAUACCUACCAAAGAAACAACCAAUCAAUGCAUCACAACUAUUCACACAAAUAGUUCAAGCUAUAAAAUUACAAAUAUCGCAAUCAUCUACUGUCAAUCAUAAAGUAUAUCAUUUCCAAUUCAAUCAUUUAAUACCAUUCCCAAUUAGUGUUAGUUAUGAGUUGAAUAAAUAUGGUGAAGUCAAUGAUGACCAACAGAGAGAUAAGAGAAUGAUGUAUCAUCGUUUGUUAUGUCUACCAUUGAAUAGACCAAUGAUAAGAUCGACCUCUACAACCAUGAUGGAUACACAAUCGAGCAGCUGUGUCGUAGGUGUCGAUAACAAACAAUGGACUUCUCACAUCAAAGAUAUUCACAAACAUCUCGAUUGUAAUUCAAAGUUUGGUGGAAAAGUAUCAUUGGUACAAGGUUCUUAUGAUUAUUAUCAUUAUAAACAAGAUAAUAUGAAUGAUGAUGGAUGGGGAUGUGCCUAUAGAUCAAUGCAAACUAUUUGCUCAUGGUUGAAGUAUCAAGAGCUAACAAUGAGAUCUGUACCUUCACAUUGGGAGAUACAAAAGACACUCGUCGAUAUGGAUGACAAGAAAGCAUCAUUCUACAAAUCAAGUCAAUGGAUAGGUGCAAUAGAGAUUUCACUUUGUUUACAAAAUCUAUAUAAUGUAAAUGGUUCAGAUGUUAUUUUAAAGACAAGAGAAUUGGCAAGACAUUUCGAGAGAGACGGUAGUCCUAUAAUGAUAGGUGGUGGUGUUCUUGCGUACACUCUGUUGGGUGUCGACUUUAACAGUGAAACUGGUGAGUCUAGAUAUCUCAUUCUUGAUCCUCACUAUACAGGUGAUCCAGAGAACAUCAAACUGAUCAAAGAGAAAGGUUGGUGUGGUUGGAAAGGUCCAGAACUCUUUAGAAAAGAUGCAUUCUACAACUUUUGUUUACCACAACUAUCAACAGAAAUCUAG